UUUAUUUAUUGGGUUGUAAUUCAGAAUUCGGUUUUCAUGAAUCAUGGGGUUGUUCUAAAGAUCAAUCUUGUUUCUUUCUGCAAAUUACCAGAAACAGAAACCGAAUCCGAAUCCGAAUCCGAAUCCGUUUGCUUGACGUCUUAUGAAGUUGAGGUAGUGAACAGUGGUUGGUAAUAUGGCAACUUCGCCAGUUAAGGAAACGGAUAUUAUGGUUCUGAAAGAAACGCUUCGCUCUCAACAGCAACUUCUACAGAAGCUCUAUGCCGAGCUCGAUGUGGAAAGAGAAGCCACCGCAACCGCCACCAAUGAAGCUAUGUCAAUGAUAUUGCGGUUGCAAGGUGAAAAGGCCUCGAUGAAGAUGGAAGCAAGCCAAUACAAGAGAAUGGCAGAAGAAAAGAUAAGCCAUACAGAGGAAUCUCUUGCGAUUUUCGAAGAGCUGAUGUAUCAGAAAGAAAUGGAAAUUUCUGCUCUUGAGUUCCAAAUUGAGGCUUAUAAGUACAAACUUCUAAGUUUGGGAUGUGAUGAAUUGGAUGACAUCGAGAAAAAUUUUCCGGAGAAUCGAUUUGCAGAACGAAAUGAUGCAACACGAGGAGAAAUAGAGAUAUAUUCCACUAUUAGAAGACUCAGCUCCCUGCCGUCACUUCUACCGACGGAUUUCUCUAAAGUAAAGAGUACUAGCGAUGGAGAAAAGCAUGCAAAUCCAAUGCUAGAAUCGAGUUCAAGCAUAGAUGCCAGAAAUCUUGACUCAGUAGUCCGCGAUCAUGGCUUUGAUUCAAGGAGAAGUUCACCACGCUCAGCGGAGUUCAAUUCUUACUGGGAACAGAUCAGAAUUCUAGAUGAGAAGGUGAAAGAGAUUUCAGAUUGUAAAGAAGUUAGUACAAAGAAGUUACCCAAAAUAAAAGUAAAACCGGAGUCCCAAUGUACCAGUCCAAGAGCAAAACUUCCCCCUAAAUGUCAAAAACUGAAAACUUCUGAAGAUCCAUCAGAGAAAGUCACUCCAAGUUCUGCCAAUUCUGCUAAAUCUGUUCAUGAUGUAUUCGAAGUACAUUGCAAAUUCGAAGUUCCAGAAAGCAGUGAAAGAAAAAAAAGUAAUGAGCAAAAGAAUAAAGGGAAGUUAUAUGUUGAAGAAGAUAAUAGGCUAAAGAAGCCAGAUUUGUUCAUGAUUGGAUCACCUGUAGAUGAUGAUAGCGAUUGGUCCGUCAAGGAUGACUUUCAAAGUGUAAAGCCAGGGAAAAAAGGAUAUAAACUAAGAGAUGAGAUGAAUCCCGACUACGAAUCGUCUGCUGAAUAUGAUACUGAAUGGAUAAAGAUGACUAACUUGCUAAGUUCAAACAAGGGGAAAAGAUCAUGUAAACUGGGUGAUGAGCCGAGUGAUGACUGCAAAUCAGCUCUUCUUCGCCCACCCUCUCAACUUCCUAGCUAUCGAUUGGAACUGCAACAGUUGGCUCAGAGAGUUGAGCAGCUUGAGAGUAGAAGAACCUAUACAAGCCAUGGAAUUAGUGAAGGAAGGGAAGAUGAACUGAAUUUGUUGAUGCAGCUAAGUGAACAGCUUAAUUCAAUACAAUCUGAGACGAGUUGGAGACCAAAUAAGUCGUCUCCUGCAGAUGAGGUGUCACUACUUCCUCUAUUAGAGAUAAUGUUGGAGUUUUGGUUGUAAUGAAGCUGUUGACGAGGAAUCAACUCAAACAAGCAUCAGUGCUACAGGGGAUUCAUAUGCAUCCAUUAGGAACAGAGAAAACGUGUAUGUUUUCCUUCUUUAGAGCUUUGUUUGAGCUCUUUAAUGUCUGUAUCUCCUCCCAUAAUUUUGGGAUGGCUUGUAAAACUCAGCAAUUUAUUCAUUUAUGUUUUUUCGGUA